CCGUUGGAUCAAAUUUUAAACAUCCGGAUUGGAUUAGGAUGCAUAUCUGGAGAUGAUCCAUGUCGUUCCCCGUCUUUCACCGUCUUCCAAAACAAGUACUUCCAAAUUACAAGCUGCCACGUGCCGGUUCACACUGUGUCGGUUCCAGUAGCAGCCUGUCGUCACACCGCACACGUGUCCCCUUCCUCGAUCUCCUUCUUCAAUCUUCACGGCCACGCACUCCUCCCACUCGAAACAAACAAAAGAGCUCCACUUUCCUUUCUCUCUCCCAACCUCCACCACAAAACACCACUUUUUCCGGUUAAGCUCGCCGGAGAAUCCUACCAGCUCCACCACAUGUUUUCGGUAUCGGACCACAAGUUUCCGGAGCCCCAAGCCAAGCGGCCCCAAAGCCUCGACAAGGUAAACUCGUUCAACUCGAUCCUCCAACUCAUCCACCAGCCGCGGACAUGCCUGCUCUUCGCUAUACUUGCCCUCCAGGUCCUACUCCUCUUCACUCUCCGCUCCCUCCCCUUCGCCCGCCAACAUUUAUCGCCUACCUACUCCCCUCAACCUGUCCGGUUACCAUUAACUGUACCCGAACCGGAAGAUGAAUGCGGGUCGGGUCGGGUCUUUGUCUACGACCUCCCCAAAACCCUCAACCAAGAGAUUUUACAGAACUGCGACGACCUCAAUCCGUGGAGCUCGCGCUGCAAAGCUUUAGCGAACGACGGCCUCGGGCAGAAAGCGACGGGAAUCAAGGGAAUCGUGCCGGAUAAUCUUGUGCCGGCGUGGUAUUGGACGGACCAGUUCGUUUCGGAGGUGAUUUUUCACAAUCGGAUCCUCAAUCAUAAGUGUCGAGUCAUGGAGCCCGAAUCUGCUACGGCGUUCUACAUCCCUUUUUACGCUGGACUAGCGGUGGGCAAGUACUUGUGGUCGAACUCCAGUACGGCGCAGGACCGCGACCGCCACUGCGAGAUGAUGCUGCGGUGGGUCCAGGACCAGCCGUCAUAUAAAAAAUCAGAUGGCUGGGAUCACUUUAUCACGAUGGGCCGGAUUACGUGGGACUUUCGACGGUCCAAAAACGACGAUUGGGGCUCUAGCUGCAUUUACCUCCCAGGGAUGCGAAACAUCACGCGCCUCCUGAUUGAGCGAAACCCGUGGGACUAUUUCGAUGUCGGUAUUCCCUACCCUAUCGGAUUCCACCCGAGGUCGGACUCCGACGUUGCCGAUUGGCAGAACUUCGUCCGAAACCGCAGCCGCUCGAAGCUCUUCUGCUUCGCCGGAGCGAAGCGCGGCGCGAUAAAGAAUGACUUCAGGGGGCUGCUGCUGAGUCACUGCCAAAAGGAGUCGGACACGUGCCGAGUGGUGGACUGUGCGGGGACCAAAUGCUCCAACGGCACCUCUGCGAUUCUCGAGACCUUUCUCGACUCGGAUUUCUGUUUGCAGCCGCGGGGCGACAGCUUCACCCGCCGGUCCAUCUUCGACUGCAUGGUGGCCGGUUCGAUCCCGGUCUUUUUCUGGAGGCGGACCGCGUACAUACAGUACGAGUGGUUUUUACCAGGCGAACCGGAUAGUUACUCUGUUUUUAUAGACCGUAAAGCGGUUAUAAACGGUACGGCCUCGAUAAAAAAUGUUCUACAAGGAAUUAGCAGAGAGAAGGUGAAAGAAAUGAGAGAGAAAGUAAUCGAUUAUAUACCGAAUUUUCUGUAUGCGAAACCGCAGGAGGGGUUGGAGACGGUAAAAGACGCUUUUGACAUUGCCCUGGAAGGGGUCAUCAGGAGGUUCAAGCAGCAGGGAGAGUUGGGGUUCAGGUGGAAAUAGAAGAAAAUGGCCGGGGUAGAGUCGGGCGGGUAGAUUAUUAUUAUUUUUUUUUUCACUUUUUGUUUAUUUUAUUUAUCUGUGUCAGAUAAACUGGGGGGAUAAACAAAUUCCCAGAUUUGUGGGAUAAGGGCCAUGGGAACGGAGAAGCAGUCAUUUAAUUAUUUUAGUUUUUACAGUUUGUGUAUCUAAAUUUUUGCUACAUUGUACCAGUUAUUUUAGUGAUAUUUUUGGUUACUAGAUACAAA